GCUCAUAUAAACCUCACAAUCAUCCUUCAUGAAGAAUCAAAAUCUAUGCUAUCCAAAGAAACACACAGAAUACUUAAUUAGUUACUAGUUAAAAAAUGGUGAGGACUCCAAGCUGUGACAAAGAUGGUCUAAAGAAAGGAACAUGGACUCCUGAAGAAGACCACAAGUUGAUGGCUUAUGUUGCUACUUAUGGCUGUUGGAACUGGCGACAACUUCCAAAGCACGCAGGUUUAUCAAGGUGCGGAAAGAGUUGUAGACUCCGUUGGAUGAACUAUUUGCGUCCGAAUAUCAAAAGAGGAAACUUUAGUCAAGAGGAGGACAAGCUUAUUCUCCAAUUGCAUCACUCGCUCGGAAACAGGUGGUCCGCCAUUGCAACUCACCUACCUGGAAGAACAGAUAACGAGAUCAAAAACCACUGGCACUCAUCCCUCAAGAACCGGUCAGCCAACACUUCAAAAUCAAAACCAAACAGUUUCAAAAACAAAUUCAGUAGCAAUGACGAAAAAAAGAGAAAUAAAAAUGUAUUAGAUAUUGACUCGGUGUUAGACCAUGCCACUGCUAACAUACUUGAAAGCACACCAAUAUCAUCUCUUUCUAUCACAACAUCCUCAAACACAAAUUAUAAGAAUUCUGGAGUGGAAGAUGAGGCAUGUUCUAGUCAAGUGACUGCAGAAACCAUUAGCGAUUUUUGGGGUGAACCGUUUCUAGAAGAUUUUGAGGGCAAAAUUAAUUGCACAAAUGAUAAUUUCUUGGAGCCAUUAUUUGAGCUAGGAAUUAUUUGUCCACCAUGUCCCAAUGAUUUUUAUGGGAUUCACAAGGAACAAACAUAUGAAAUUUUAUGGUGAAUAAUAAAACAAAUUUUAGUAA